AUGGGUCAAGAACACGACAUCACAAGUCAGAUUAGUGCUUUGGCCAGGGCAAUCAAGUCUGAAAAACUUGAUGAAACUACCCGGCUGCAGGCCUUAGGCGCUGCUCGGGACUUACUAGAUUCCCUGGAGUCACCGGUCGAGAGAAUUAUCAAUGAUGUUGUGAUGAGCCCUCCUAUUUUGACAUCCAUUCGUAUGGGUGUCCAACUGGGCAUAUUCACUCAGAUCAGCGAGAACCCAGAGCACGGGGUAACUACCCAGGAAAUUGCAGAAAGAUCCGGAGCUAGCCCGAUCGUUGUUGACCAGUUUCUCCGACUCCUUGCGGCAACAGGGUAUGUGGAUCAAAGUGAUGCACAAAGGUUCAAGCCCUCGGCUCGGACAAUGGUCAUGACCGAUCCCGGCAUGGAAGCAACAACACGCGCAUGCUUUGACAUCGGGAACUGUUGUGCCCUCAAGGCUCCGGAGUUCUUUCGUCGAAAUAAUAACCAGUUCCCCUCUUCAGUGGGAGACACUCCGUUUCAACUCGGCCUGAACACCGAUCUCAACUAUUUCGCGUGGCUUGGCCAGAAUCCAGAUUUGGCAAAGGACUUCCAGCAAUGGAUGGCUCUGAAGCAGAAAACCACCCCCAGCUGGACCGAUUGGUUCGAUAUUGAAAAACAUAUCGUUGAUGGCUUCGAUUUCCAGUCUCCCGAUAAUGUCCUGCUUGUGGAUGUUGGCGGCGGCGAGGGAAAGUACCUGCGGGAGUUUAAAGAAAGCCUGAGAAUCCCCAUGGCUUCUAGUCAGCUCGUGCUACAGGAUCUCCCAAACGUCAUCUCUGCUAUUCAAAAUCCACCUGACGUGCAGUUGAUGGCACAUGACUUCUUUACUCCUCAGCCUGUGAAAGGAGCUCGGACAUACUUCAUGCAUUGGAUCCUUCAUGACUGGUCAGAUGAGCGAUGUCAGUCUAUCUUGAGAAACAUUGUGGAUGCAAUGAAGCCAGGUUAUUCGCGUCUCAUUCUUCACGAGUCGAUUCUCCCUGAUACGAACUGUGACCUUCCAACGGCAUGCAUGAGCAUUAUGAUGAUGGUCCAAGUUGCAGCUUUUGAACGCUCGGAAGGGCAAUGGAGGGCUCUACUUGCAUCGGUUGGGUUAUCUCAAGUUACUUUCUACCAAUGUCCUGGGAGUGGAGAAGGAAUUAUUGAGGCCAUCAAGCUGUAA